UCUUAUUGUCAUCGUCGUCCAUCACAGUUGUUUGUCAUAUUUUUUAUUUUACAUCAAAAAUACAACAGUAAUAAAAUAAUGCAUAUAUUAAUAAAUAGUAACAUUUUCCUACAAGUUUUCAUAUUAGUGUUGAGUGUUUUAAUUAAUUAAUACUGUAUACAAUUUCAAGAUUUUUAUCGAUUUUUAUCUUUGCCGUCACAUAUUACUGUGAAAAUUAAUUCUUUAAAACUAUUGCUUUGGAUUUUUUUUUUUUUUGAUAACACUCGCUUGAUAAUAUUGAAGCUAGAGUAAAAAUAGAAGCCUACCUUUGGAAACAUUUUGCAAUCGUACCGUAUUAAAGCAAUUCAAACAAGUAUGACUGAGUGGAAGCAUCUAAUUAAUGAAUGGCUAUCGGAAUAUGCAGCACUCCAGGAGAAUGAAAUAAAGAGUUUUGCAGCAGAACAUGAACACAAUCAUGAAAUAGCAACUGCUUUGUUUAACUUGUUUUAUUUGGAAGAUGACAGUGAUUCUCAGUCAACAAAUAAAACAGAUGAUGCUAAAAUUGACCAGGUGUUAGAAAAUGUCUGCACCCAGUUGUUUAGUUUCUACAGAUCAAAAGAGGUAGAGCUACAGCGAUUUACAUUACAGUUUGUCCCUACUUUAGUUUACAACUAUUUAAGUUCAGUUGCUAAAGGAAGUAAGAAAAAUUAUCGAUGUAUUGAAACACUACUUAUUGGUUUGUACAAUUUUGAAGUUGUGGAUGAGAAUGGAAAACCAAGAGUAGUCUCGUUUAGACUACCGUCACUAGCACAGCCAUCUAUUUACCAUGAGCCACUGUCAUUGGGACCACAAUUUUUGACAGAAAAUGCUUUGAGAAGAUGGGAGGAAUGCAACACCAAGCUUGUCAGUUGGGGCCCACUAUCGCAAGUGGAAGUUAUUAAUGCUCAGAAUCGAUUAAAAGUUAUGACUGCACUGUUUUUCAUUUAUAAUCGUCAAUUGAGUUUAUUGCCUAAACUUGCUCUUAGGCAUUUUUGUAUAGCAACAUCAAGAAUUGUUACUCAAGGUUUCCAAAAAAAAACUGCUGGUGCAUCUAAUACUCAAAAACCCGUACCAAGAAUACCAGUGUCUCCUAAUUUUAUGUUAGAAAUGAUAGAAGGUGCAUACUUUGCUAUGUUCAAUGAAUUCUAUACAUUGGCCCUGCAAGCUGUAAAAGACGUAGAUCAAAGGGCCCAGUAUGAACUAUAUCCAGAUGUAAUGCUAGUUACCAGUGCUGUAAUAAAUUCUUUGAAAAACAAUUCAUCAGGCCAACCAUGUGAUGGUCCUAUGGGCAUUAGUGUUGCACUGUCUCCAGCAACAACCACUGUUACAAUGUCUAAGUCUAUGAUCACCAAUGCAUCAUUCCGUACAAAGAAAUUACCAGAUGACAUUCCGAUACAAGCUGGACAAGUGGUGCCCACUGAGUCAGCUGACAUGCUGUCAUCUAUCACCGAAGAUGGCGAGACAGACUCGACACCGAUCCAACGUGGAACUGGAGUGCGUACUUCCAAACCAAAACUUAGUUCUUUUCCUGUACUUGGAAAAAAGACCAAAGAUGCAAAUAAAGAUAAAGGUGCAAACGAGAAAAAAGUUACUGUUAAGGAUUCAUCGAAGGGAAUUUGGAAUUCACUAAGUGGCGGUGGUGGAGAUAUGACAGAUGGACAACAAAAAUCGGGCACUGUAGAUGGAACAGGUGAAAUCAAUGGUAGUAUGAAAGAUGAAAAAAUGUCUAUGAGCUCUUUACCCAAUAGUACAGAAAAUUCUGACUCCCGUUCCCAAGUUACCACAGAUUCAUUGGAAUUAGAAACAACUCCACGCUUCGCUGCUAUGCAAGUCAGCUCUGUAUAAUUAAUAAUAAUUAUAGUUUGACUCAAUAUUGUGAUUACGUGUAAAUAAAUACAUUGAUGUUGUUCAAUAUUAUCCAAACUAAACCCAUCCAUAUAGGCAUGCUUACACUUCUGAGCCGUGGAAAUCGUUAUUUUAAGGAAUUACUUAGGCAGACAUUGUUUUGUCUUUAACCAUGUCUAGUUUUCUUAACAGAAUAAAAACUGUCCUAUAUUUGAAGUUGGAACAAAUUAUAAAAUAAUAAGAACUACUAAGGGCCCAUAAUUUUUAGUAAAUAUUUUCAAAUUACAACAAUAAGUUUUUGAGAAUGUCAUUUUAAAAUUUAUUCUAUUCCUUAAGGUUUGUGGUAUAUUUUUAAACACAAUAUAUUUAUAUAAUUAUAGCAGAUAAAAGGCAAAGGGGGUGCAGACUUACUUUUCUAAAAUUAGUGUUAUAUCAAAUUCUUAUAUGGUAUUAUGAUUUUUUUUAUAAUUUUGGGUUAUUAAGUCCUCAUAUUUUGUGUGGGGUGCUUAGUAUAGCUUACAAUAUAACAUUUGUAUAUUCAUCUAGUGUUCUUGCUAGUCAGAAAAGGCGUACUUUGAAUAGUUGGUGAUAGAGUAAUGGUUUAGGGUGAAUUUGAAUAUUCUACACAGGUCUAAGGUUUCUGUAUAUUAAUGGUACCUAUUUGAAAUAAAUAAUAUUAUAAGAAAAAUAUAAAAAUGUUACUUUCUAUCCUUUUUUUAUGAAUUCCUUUGAGUGCAGACAGUACAUUGUAUAUACAUACAUACAAGAUCUAAAGAAAUUUAUUUGCACAAACGUAGUUCCGAAGUUGGAUUUAAUAUCUGGCUUCAGAAUAAGUUAUGUUUAAAAAAUAACUUUUUUUUUGUGCAUUUGAAAUUUUUACUUGUUAUAAAUUACCUAGACUAGAAUCUAAGCAUGACAUUGGAGUUUUGAAAUUUAAACAAUACGAAAAUGGAAAAUACAUUGUGCAAAUCCAUAUAAUUUUUUAAUUAAACUAUGUAAAUAUUUCCUGUAUAAAUUUAUACAUUAUAUAUUUAUAAUUACAAUAUCGCAAAGACAUUUUGUUAUUAGACCUACACAUAAGUCGGGUAAGGAAAUGUAUUAAAAUAUAACUAAAAUUUAUUAUUGUUCUAGUUAAUAUAAAUACCUGCUAUUUAUGACCAAAUAACAAUAUUAAAAUAAUGUUAUAGCCAG